GCGCUGACUAAGAUCAAUAAAAAAGCAAACAAAAAAGCAAAACAAACAGCGGCUAAAACAAGAAUUCUAGCUUUUGUGUUUUCAGUGUGUGUGCGUUCGUUGUGUUGUGUGUGGGCAAGUUGUUACAUAAAACAAAAAGGAAAAUAAUAAAAAAAAACACAACCGAGACGCAUUUUUCCACGGUGGAAUACUACUAUCUAAGUUUUUUUUUUUAUUGUGGUUUUGGUGUGUGCAAGGAAACAAGAGUGAAGAAAAUGCUGUUCAACAAAUGCCUGGAAAAGUUGUCCAGCUCGCUGGGCAAUGUUGUCAAUCACAAGCUGCAAGAGAAACAAGUCUACAAUAAUAAUAAUAAUAAUAAUAGUAACAACAUUAACAAUAAUAAUAGUAUAAACAACAAUGCGUACAAUAAGCAGCGCAACUUUGAGUACGAAAGAGCCAUACAAGCGCACUACGGAAGUAGUAAGGGAAGACGAUCGGAGGAGCGUGAAAGGAGCGGCAAGUUCAAGGCCGCCAAAAGUCAGAAGUCAAAGAGCACCCCACCGGAGACACCGGAGGCCCAGGAAAAGGAAACGGCGUGCAAGAACUGCAUGACCCAUGACGAGCUGGCCCAGAUCAUCAAGGGUGUGGCCAGGAGCACUGACCAAAGUAAUCAGCACAACAACCGCCUGAACAACCGUAGACGUCGUCCCCUGUCCGCCCAACCCUCUGCCGCCGCAUCCGCCUCCACGUCCACUGAAUCCCUCCACCGGCUCACUCCCAGCCCCCAGGCCUCCUACCCGGCUACGCCCACCUCCUGGACAGCCACCCCGCCCCAAUUCCCGACAGCCUUCGGCGGAGCCAGCUGCUCCACCAGCACCCUGGCCCUUUUGGCCAACAUGCGGUUCCAGCUCCACGGUUACACAUGGUUUCAUGGCAAUCUUUCUGGCAAGGAAGCGGAAAAAUUGAUCCUGGAUCGUGGCAAGAAUGGUUCUUUUCUCGUCCGUGAAUCUCAGAGCAAACCUGGCGAUUUUGUCCUAUCCGUGCGGACGGACGACAAAGUAACGCAUGUCAUGAUUCGAUGGCAGGACAAGAAGUACGACGUCGGCGGCGGCGAAUCGUUUGCCACCCUGUCGGAACUUAUUGAGCACUACAAGCGUAAUCCAAUGGUGGAGACGUGUGGAACAGUGGUGCACCUGCGGCAACCCUUUAACGCCACGCGAAUCACGGCAGCCGGAAUCAAUGCCCGGGUGGAACAGCUGGUCAAGGGAGGCUUCUGGGAGGAGUUCGAGUCACUGCAGCAGGACAGUCGGGACACCUUCUCGCGGAACGAGGGCUACAAGCAGGAGAACCGGCUGAAGAACCGCUACCGCAACAUAUUGCCAUACGACCACACGCGCGUUAAGCUGCUGGACGUGGAGCACAGCGUGGCCGGGGCGGAGUACAUCAAUGCCAACUACAUACGCCUGCCCACCGACGGCGAUCUGUACAACAUGAGCAGCUCGUCGGAGAGCCUGAACAGCUCCGUGCCCUCGUGCCCCGCCUGCACGGCGGCCCAGACCCAGCGAAACUGCUCCAGUUGCCAAGUGCUGAACAAGACGUGCGUGCAGUGCGCGGUGAAGAGCGCAACGCUGCCGUACAGCAACUGUGCCACCUGCAGUCGCAAGUCGGACUCGCUGAGCAAGCACAAGCGCAGCGAGUCCUCGGCCUCGUCCUCGCCCUCCUCCGGCUAUGGGUCGUCGGGAGCCAGCGGAGUGAGCAGUGUCAACGGACCGGGCACACCCACCAAUCUCACAGGCGGCGGCACGACCAGCUGUCUGGCCGGUCUGCUCAAAAAGCACUCCAACGAUUCGUCGUACGGUUCGGGAUCGGUAGCUGGAGGAGCUGGAGGAGCUGGUGGAGCCGGCUCAUCGUCCAUGUCGAUGGCUGAGCGGGAGCGUGAGAGGGAGCGCGAAAUGUUCAAGACAUACAUCGCCACCCAGGGCUGCCUGCUCACCCCGCAGGUGAACACGGUGACGGACUUCUGGAACAUGGUCUGGCAGGAGAACACACGGGUAAUCGUGAUGACCACCAAGGAGUACGAGCGCGGCAAGGAGAAGUGCGCCCGCUACUGGCCGGACGAGGGCAAGACGGAGCAGUUCGGCCAGGCCCGGAUACAGUGCGUCUCGGAGAACUCGACCAGCGACUACACGUUGCGCGAGUUUCUCGUCUCGUGGCGGGAUCAGCCAGCACGCCGCAUCUUCCACUACCACUUCCAGGUGUGGCCGGAUCACGGCGUGCCCGCCGAUCCGGGCUGUGUGCUCAACUUCCUGCAGGACGUCAACACGCGCCAGAGCCACCUGGCCCAGGCGGGCGAGAAGCCGGGUCCCAUCUGCGUGCACUGCUCGGCGGGCAUCGGACGCACUGGCACUUUCAUAGUGAUCGACAUGAUCCUUGACCAGAUCGUGCGCAAUGGAUUGGAUACCGAAAUCGACAUCCAACGCACUAUACAGAUGGUCCGAUCGCAACGUUCCGGCCUCGUCCAAACGGAGGCGCAGUACAAGUUUGUCUACUAUGCGGUGCAGCACUACAUCCAGACCCUGAUCGCCCGGAAGCGGGCCGAGGAGCAGAGCCUGCAGGUUGGCCGCGAGUACACCAAUAUAAAGUACACGGGCGAGAUUGGCAACGAUUCACAAAGAUCUCCAUUACCACCAGCAAUUUCUAGCAUAAGUUUAGUACCAAGUAAGACGCCAUUGACGACGCCUUCGGCGGAUUCGGGGAUUGGGAUGGGCUUAGGCAUGGGCAUGGCCAUGGGCGUGGGCAACAAGCAUGCUUCGAAGCAGCAGCCGCCUUUGCCGUCGGUGGUCAGUUGCAACAACAAUAACAAUGGCAGCGGCAGCGGCAAUAGCAGUAGCAGCUGCAACAAUGGCAGCAGCCACAGCAGCAGCAACGGCUGCAGCAGCAACAGCAGCAACGGCAACAGCAACAUCAACGCCCUACUGGGUGGCAUCGGCUUGGGACUGGGUGGCGGCAAUAUGCGCAAGUCGAACUUUUACAGCGACGCGCUGAAGCAGCAGCAACAGCAGCAAUUGCAGCAGCGCGAGGAGCAGGCAAAUGCUUCGGCGGGAGCAGGUAAGAUGCAGCAGCCGGCACCGCCGAUGCGGCCACGUCCUGGCAUACUCAAGUUGCUCACCAGUCCCGUCAUCUUUCAGCAAAAUACAAAAACAUUCCCAAAGACAUGAUCAUCGGCAUGCGACCGCCGAGCCAUGCGUCUGCGCCUGCGCUGCCGCCGCCGCCGACACCGCCGCGCAAAACAUGACAAAUGAAUUUCUAAGUCGCGACGCCACGCCACGCCCCCUUGACCAGCCACACCCUCCUAAACACCCAAUACCCUAAACACCCACCAACCCCCUACACGCACACAGACCACAAGUGAAUUUCACUUGAUUAUGUCACCCAGCCGACCUCCCCCUCCCCCAAAAAAAAACCUAAAACCACCCUUGACUAUGUUUUACUGUUGUACGUUCUACGUUUUUUUUUUAUAUUAAUUGUAAUCCAUAUACAUUUUUGUAAUUGUGUGUAAUGCUUAGUUGUAUACGUCAUUGUCUCGCUUUAUGUUGUAAGUGUUCCCUGCACACGCAAAGCAGUAACCCCCCUUUCCCCCCCCUUCCCCUACACCCCAGGCAUAUUUAUGUAAUAGUUUUUUAAGAACCCCCGAACCGGAAGUUUAAGAUACAAUCUGGGCGGAACUGCAGCAGAUCCGCCAAAAAAACACAAACAUUUUUAAGAAGAAUCGCAGCAACAAAAUGCUUGGGACCCGUUCCCAGUUCAAUACCGCUUUGGAUUUGCAAGAAUCGGCAUUCUUGGAUAGUAUUUCACUUUUUCGAAUACUUUUUGCUUUAGAUAUGAAAUUGAACUUAGGCCAAAAAUUUAAGUGUAUUGCUCUGGUUGCAAGCCAGAAUAGUUAAAUUUUAAAAAUUUAGUUUUUCACAUUUUUGGUGAGCAUAAUGUAAAACUUUUCAAUUUAAAUUAAAAUUCCGACCAAUUUAAAUUCA